GAAAAAUUCAUACGCAAUGCGGUAUCAACCAAGGGAACAAGCAGUGCUAUGUAUAUCAGUGGCGUUCCGGGAACUGGGAAAACUGCAACAGUUGUAUCGGUAAGCGUUAAUAAUAGUAACAAAUUGUGCAAUCCCUUUUCAUUCGUUUACGUCAAUGCCAUGGAAUUUGUGGAGCCGAAAAAGAUUUUCAUCGCCAUUUACAACCAGAUAACUGAGAAUAUGAAGCGUAUAUCUGCUGAUUCUGCGCGCAGGAAACUGAACAGAAUGUUCGAAAUGUCCGACAAACACCGUCCGCCCAUUGUGAUUCUCGUCGACGAACUUGAUCAACUUUGCACGAAAAAACAAGAGCUUAUUUACGAUAUUUUCAACUGGACUGCUACCGACUCAGCACGUGUGUCUGUGAUGGCUAUAGCAAACACUCUUGAUUUGCCGGAACGGAUGCUAAGUCAGCGCAUAUCGAGUCGUAUUGGCGCUGCACGUAUUUGCUUCCAACCUUAUGAAUUCCAACAAAUAGAAUGUAUUAUUCGUGCUCGUCUGAAGGGGUCUGUCAAUGCCAUUGAUGAUGGCGCUGUUCAGUUCGCUGCUCGAAAAGUUGCCGCCGUAACAGGCGAUUUGCGCAAAGCCAUGGAUCUGUUAAGGCGUGCGAUUGAGAUUGCGAUAGAACAAGGGUCUAAGAAGCUUCUCGUGGAACAUGUAAGUCUCACCACUUCCUGA